CAGGUAUCCUAGUGGCGUCCGACUCAGGUGCUGUUGAGUUGUGGGAGCUGGACAAGAACCAGACACUCAUUGUCAGCGAGUUCUGCAAGUAUGAGCAUGAUGACAUCAUGUCUACAGUCAGUGUCCUGAGCUCUGGCACGCAGAUGAAUGAGACCACACAAUGUUUGUCCUUCUCCGAUUGACUUAUUUCACUCAGCAUAAUACCCUCAGGUCCAUCCAUGUCAAAGCAAAUGCUCACUCUGGGCAGGUCACCUGUGUCACGGCCUCUCCCCACAAGGAUUCCAUGUUCCUUUUAUGCGGUGAGGACAACAGAAUUUUACUCUGGGAUACCCGCUGUCCCAAGCCAGCAUUACAGAUGGGCUGCACUGCCUCUGGCUACCUUCCUACCUCCCUGGCUUGGCAUCCUCAGCAGAGUGAAGUUUUUGUUUUUGGGCUGCUUCUUGUGCUGAAACACCAUGAUGGCGCAGCCCACAAACUGGUGUGUUAUUUUGCCAGCUGGGCACAGAGUCGCCCUGGGCCUGCCUCCGUCUUGCCCCAUGACCUGGACCCCUUUCUCUGCACCCACCUGAUCUUUGCCUUUGCCACCAUGGAAAACAAUCAGAUUGUUGCUAUGACUUCCCAGAAAGGGAAAAUUGUCUACCCAGAGUUCAACAAGCUCAAGGAGAGGAAUAGGGAGCUGAGAACACUGCUGUCCAUCGGUGGCUGGGACUUUGGCACAUCCAAGUUCACCACUAUGCUGUCCACAUUAUCCAACCGGAAAAAGUUUAUCAAUUCAGUUAUAUUGUUACUGAGGACAUAUAAUUUUGAUGGUCUGGACCUCUUCUUCUUGUACCCUGGACUAAGAGGCAGCCCCAUGAGUGAUCGGCGGACUUUUCUCCUCUUAAUCAAAGAGCUCCUCUUUGCCUUCCAGAAUGAGGUGAAGCUUGACACGCGCCCAAGGCUGCUGCUCUCUGCUGCUGUCUCUGGGGACCCAUACAUCAUACAAAUAGCUUAUGAUGUUCACCUUCUAGGAAAACUCCUGGAUUUUAUCAAUGUCUUGUCUUAUGACUUUCAUGGAAGCUGGGAAAAGUUCACAGGACACAACAGCCCCCUGUUCUCUCUGCCUGGAGACCCCAGCUCUUCGGCAUAUGCCAUGAAUUACUGGCGAAAGCUGGGGGCACCCCCAGAGAAGCUCCUCAUGGGAUUCCCCACCUAUGGACGUACCUAUCACCUCCUUAAAGCCUCUAAGAAUGGGCUGCAGGCCAAAGCUGUGGGACCCGCAUCUCCAGGAAUGUACACCAAGCACCCUGGUUUCUUGGCUUAUUAUGAGAUUUGCUCCUUUCUCCAGAGAGCGACAAAGCGCUGGAUUGAUUUUCAGCAGGUCCCAUACGCCUACAAGGGGAAGGUAUGGGUUGGCUAUGAUGAUGCCAACAGCUUCAGUUCCAAGGCAAUGUUCAUAAAGGAAGAGCAUUUUGGGGGAGCCAUGGUAUGGACAUUGGACCUGGAUGAUGCCAAGGGCACUUUCUGUCGCACUGGGCCUUUCCCCCUGGUCCACAAGCUGCAUAGUCUCCUGGUGCAGGCUGGAGGAAAGUCUACAGCUACUAAUAUGCAUGGAAAGUCUCAAAAUACUACUACUACAAGCCACAGAGGUGGAACUGUGAGCCCUACGAGCAAAACUGCAUCCUUUGUAAGGCACACUGUGGCUCUGGAAGGGAAGACUGAGACUGUUGGAGAAAUGACUGGAAGGGAGACUGUGACCCUUGGAGAAAUGACUAUGAUUUCCAUGCAAUUAUUGACCUCUGUAAAGAAGGAUAAGCCCUUUGUAAAGAGGGCAGUAGCCUCAGAAAUGAUGACUAUCCCCUCUGGAAAGAUGAAAGUCACUCCUGAUGGGCAGACCAAGAUUCUUAGAGGAGAGAAUUUGACUUCUGAAGUGAACACUGACUCCCUGUUGGGUUAUGUUGAUCUUUAGAUGGAAGCCAAAAGCAAGAGGCCAUCCUCCGGCCCUGUCAUCUAGCCCCAGGACACAUUCCUCCUGUUUUGACAACCCUGUGUUCCCAUUAAAGGAAAUGAUUCCUCUGUCAACUCAAUGACCCUUCCAACAAGUGCUCUCUAGAGAAAGAAAAACCCAGGAAACUCUGCUGUGGGUCAAGGAGCCUUAACCUUGUUAAAGGCAGAAGCUGGGGAAAACCCUUGUCUUUUCUUGUAGGUCCCCCAACAGGAGCUGCUUUUACUCAGACAUGCAUAAACCAUUCAUGAGUACGAGCAGGCCCCAAAGCUAGUGAGUUCAUCUCUUUUCUGUUGAAUAAACUGGAAACACAAAAAUCUGUCUGAGUUCUCUGGAGUUCUUUUCUUGAAAUGACCUGUGCAAUGCAAUUGUCAGCAUCUGCUUUCAAGUUCAUUUUCCCCUACUGCUUUUUUGGAAGGAGGAAGUUUGUGUCUAGCCCAUGCUGAUGUUUCCAGUGUGGAUUAUGUGCUUCCCUCUCUGCCUUGAAGAACUACUCCCCUCAGUGGUGGUCAGAGCCAGAAUCUCUUCCAGGGCAGUUCCCACAAUCCUCUUAUUUCACUCCUGUGUAACAUCUGCUCCCAUGAAUAUGUCAGAACUACUCUUGCCAAGGUAACUGGUAGUGCCCAUGCUGUUAUUUGCAGUGGCCAAGUCUCAGUUCCAACCUUCCUUGAGGCAGCAGCAAUAUUGACACACUUGGUCACGCUGUCCUCCUUGACACACUUUCUUCACUGUGCUUCUUGGUUUUGUUUUUACCUGAAUGGUCAUUCUUUCAUAGUGUUCUAUACUGACGUCUCUUAUUUCUGAUCACUUAGGGUAGGGGAGCUCUAAGUCUCUUCUCGGGGUCUCUUUUCUUCUACAUUUACAUUCGUACUCUUGGUGUUGUCAUCUAAGCACAUCACUUAGCAGCUAUAAUAUUGUCAAGAGAACAAAAGCACAAAAGAACAUCUAUAGCAUGCUAUCUUUCAUGUAAGAAGGAAGAGGUUAUAAGAAAGUACAUGUCUGCUAAUUCAUGCACAGAGUAAUACAGAAAGGAUAAACAUGGAAAUAAUGAUAUUCGGUACCUGUAGGAGUUGAGUGGAGAUGGGAUUGAAGGAAUGGGAGACUGAGGAGAAGGUACAAGGGAAGGAGGGGGUUGACACUUACCUGAGUACUCAUAUUUGUGUAAUUCUGACUUUUAGAACCAUGAAAAUGCCUCACGUGAUCCACAAAAACAAAUAAAAUCAAACCAAAACUGAAA